CCGGUGCCGCGGGGGCCGCGGGGCGCGCGGGCUGCCAUGGACUCCGGAGGCCGGUGGGCGCACCUGCCCCGCGGGCCCAGCCUGAAGCACCUGACGGCGCCCUCUUACCGGGUCCCGCCGGAGCGGCAGAAGGCGGCGCUGCAGGACCUGACGCGCGCGCACGUGGACUCGUUCAACUACGCGGCGCUGGAGGGGCUCGGCCACGCGGUGCGGGCGAUCCCUCCCUUUGAAUUUGCUUUCAAAGAUGAACGGAUCUCCCUCACUAUUGUGGAUGCUGUCAUCACUCCACCCACCGUUCCAAAAGGUGCCAUCUGCAAAGAGCUCAACAUCUAUCCAGCGGAGUGCCGAGGCCGGAGGAGCACCUACCGCGGGAAGCUGACCGCUGAUAUCAGCUGGGCGGUGAAUGGAAUCACAAAAGGAGUCAUUAAGCAGUUUCUUGGCUACGUCCCCAUCAUGGUGAAGUCCAAGCUUUGCAACUUACACGGCCUUUCUCCGCAAGCCCUGAUCGAGCAUCACGAGGAGGCAGAGGAAAUGGGAGGCUAUUUCAUUAUCAAUGGCAUUGAGAAAGUCAUCCGCAUGCUGAUCAUGCCUCGGAGGAAUUUCCCCAUUGCCAUGGUGAGACCGAAAUGGAAAAGCCGAGGCCCGGGCUAUACACACUUUGGAGUCUCCAUGCACUGUGUGAGGGAGGAGCACUCUGCUGUCAAUAUGAACCUUCACUAUGUGGAGAACGGCACCGUUACCUUGAACUUCAUUUACCAGAAGGAACUGUUUUUUCUUCCUUUGGGAUUUGCACUUAAGGCACUUGUCAACUUUUCUGACUAUCAGAUUUUCCAGGAGCUCAUCAAAGGAAAAGAGGACGACUCUUUCUUUCGGAACUCUGUUUCCCAGAUGUUGAGGAUGGUGAUGGAGGAGGGUUGUUCCACACAGAAGCAGGUCCUUAACUAUCUGGGAGAAUGCUUCCGAGUAAAACUCAACCUUCCCGACUGGUACCCUAAUGAGCAAGCUGCCGAGUUUCUGUUUAACCAGUGCAUCUGCAUCCACUUGAACACCAGUACCGAAAAGUUUUACCAGCUCUGUUUCAUGACCCGAAAGCUCUUUGCUUUAGCCAGAGGAGAGUGCAUGGAGGACAAUCCUGACAGUUUAGUGAAUCAAGAAGUCCUCACGCCUGGCCAGCUCUUCCUCAGGUUUCUCAAGGAAAAAAUGGAAACUUGGUUAGUGUCUAUUAAAAUAGCUUUAGAUAAAAGGGCUCAGAAAACCAACGUGUCCAUAAACAGUGAAAAUUUGAUGAAGAUUUUUAGCAUGGGAGCAGACCUCACAAGACCAUUUGAAUAUCUCCUUGCUACUGGGAAUCUGCGUUCGAAAACAGGUCUUGGCUUCCUGCAAGAUUCUGGCCUGUGCGUCGUGGCUGACAAGCUGAACUUCAUACGCUAUCUCUCCCAUUUCCGCUGUGUGCACAGAGGAGCCGCUUUCGCCAAGAUGAGGACCACCACCGUCCGCAGGCUGCUGCCCGAGUCCUGGGGCUUCCUUUGUCCUGUGCACACCCCGGACGGGGAGCCCUGCGGGCUGAUGAACCACCUAACUGCCAUAUGCGAGGUCGUCACCCAGUCUGUGUACACAACGUCCAUUCCCGCCUUGCUCUGCAGCCUGGGAGUCACCCCAGUAGAUGGAGCCCCCCACCGGCCCUACGGCGAGUGCUACCCUGUCCUGCUGGAUGGUGUCUUGGUGGGAUGGGUGGAUAAGGACCUUGCCCCUGGCGUUGAAGGUUCUCUGCGGCAUUUUAAGGUAUUAAGAGAGAAAAAGAUCCCUCCCUGGAUGGAGGUGGUCCUUAUUCCCAUGACAGGAAAGCCGAGUCUGUACCCCGGGCUGUUUCUCUUCACCACCCCUUGCAGACUGGUGCGGCCUGUGCAGAACUUGGAGCUAGGCCGGGAAGAACUGAUCGGAACCAUGGAACAGCUCUUCAUGAACGUUGCGAUCUUUGAAGACGAGGUUCUUGCGGGCAUUACCACGCACCAGGAGCUCUUCCCCCACAGCCUGCUGAGUGUGAUAGCCAACUUCAUCCCCUUCUCUGACCACAACCAGAGUCCCCGGAACAUGUACCAGUGCCAGAUGGGUAAACAGACUAUGGGCUUUCCACUUCUCACUUACCAAGACCGAUCUGAUAAUAAACUCUACCGUCUUCAGACUCCCCAGAGCCCUUUAGUGAGGCCAUUCAUGUACGACUAUUAUGACAUGGAUAACUAUCCAAUAGGGACCAACGCUAUCGUCGCUGUGAUUUCUUACACUGGCUAUGACAUGGAAGACGCCAUGAUUGUGAACAAGGCUUCCUGGGAGCGUGGUUUUGCGCAUGGAACUGUCUACAAGUCAGAGUUCAUAGACCUCUCUGAAAAGAUCAAACAAGGAGAUGAUAGCCUUGUGUUUGGGGUCAAACCUGGUGACGCACGGAUUGUGCAGAAGUUGGACGACGAUGGAUUGCCAUUCAUAGGAGCAAAGCUGCAACACGGAGACCCCUAUUACAGCUACCUAAACCUCAACACUGGGGAGAGCUUCGUGGUUUACUAUAAGAGUAAAGAGAAUUGCGUAGUGGAUAACAUCAAGGUGUGCAGCAACGACUCGGGGAACGGGAAGUUCAAGUGCAUCUGCAUUACCAUGCGGGUCCCCCGGAACCCGACGAUCGGAGAUAAGUUUGCCAGUCGUCACGGGCAGAAGGGCAUUUUGAGCAGACUGUGGCCCGCUGAGGACAUGCCUUUCACUGAGAGUGGGAUGGUGCCCGACAUUCUCUUCAACCCUCACGGUUUCCCGUCGCGCAUGACCAUCGGCAUGCUCAUCGAGAGUAUGGCCGGCAAGUCUGCCGCUCUGCAUGGGCUCUGCCAUGACGCCACUCCCUUCACCUUCUCGGAGGAGAACCCGGCCCUCCAGUGCUUCGGUGAGAUGCUGAAGGCGGCCGGUUACAACUACCACGGCACUGAGAGGUUGUACAGUGGCAUCAGUGGGGCAGAACUGGAAGCAGACAUUUUCAUAGGUGUAGUUUAUUACCAACGCUUGCGCCACAUGGUAUCUGACAAAUUUCAAGUUCGGACAACUGGAGCCAGGGACAAAGUCACCAACCAGCCAGUCGGGGGAAGAAAUGUCCAGGGCGGAAUCCGUUUUGGGGAGAUGGAGCGGGAUGCUCUCUUGGCUCAUGGAACAUCUUUUCUUCUUCACGACCGCCUCUUCAACUGCUCUGACCGCUCAGUCGCUCACGUGUGUGUCAAGUGCGGCAGUCUGCUCUCUCCACUGCUGGAGAAGCCACCCCCUUCUUGGUCUGCCAUGCGGAACCGGAAGUACAACUGCACGCUGUGUAAUCGCAGCGACACCAUUGACACUGUUUCUGUGCCUUACGUUUUCCGGUAUUUUGUAGCUGAACUGGCAGCAAUGAACAUCAAAGUGAAACUGGAUGUCAUGUAGCUUGAUUAGGAGAUCUGAAAAAGCCACUUGAUGGUUCCUCACACCGGGAACCCUAGCUACUCAGGAGGCCGAGAUCUCAUGGUCACAAUUUGAAGCCAGCUCAGGCAGCGAAGCCCAUGAGACUCUUGUCUCCCAUAAACUUAAG